UUUACAACCCAUUUCCAAUAUGGUAAUGUGGCCUGACACCAAUAACCCACCAGUUGAGCCUCCUGAAGUGAAGCCAAUGCCUGGAAGACCAGGUAGAUGUAGAAGAAAAGAUAAAGAUGAACCAAGAAAAAAGAAGUGGGGAAAAACAUCAAAGAAUGGAGUGAAGAUGUCAUGUUCCAAAUGCCAUCAAGUUGGGCAUAACAAAAGAACCUGUAUAUCAGUGUCUUCUGAACAACCCACACAACAGCCUGCAAGGCCCUUUCAACAACCACCAGUGAGGCAGCCUUCACCACCACCAUUGAGGCAGCCUAGCACUGGAAAUGCCUCUUCUUUAUGUGCAGAUACUUCAAAGGUUAAAGGAAGGAAAAAGAAGCAGUCAACUGCAAGGGCAUCAUCUUCUUCAGUUGCAUGGACAUCAUCUUCUUCAGUUGGAAUGCCACCACCUUCUUCAGUUGGAAGGCCACCAACUUCUUUAGUUGGAAUGCAACCAGCUGCUUCAGUUGGAAGGAAAAGAACAAGAGAUGUGGGAUUUGGUGUUUACACAGACAUACAAUCUGGAAGACAAGUGAUUAACCCAGGAAGAUCAAGUGAAAGAGUUAUCUCAAGUGGAACAGGGGUGGCAUUUAAAGAUGCAUCACAAACAAAUGUUGAUCUUGGAUUCAAGCCACCUAGUUUAAAAUGGAAAGGAAAAGAUGCAAUGACUGGAAAUCAACUUCAACAAUUGUCAAAGAAAAAGGUGCAAAGCAAAUCCAAGGGAAAGUGGGUUCCAUAAGAGCUCAAAGUCUUACUGAUGU